AAGAUGGAGUCCUAUUUUGUUUCAGCGUGCAUGUUGUUAGUAAGCAGCCUUUACAUCAGCCAAGCAUGUAUUCGAGGUUUUCUAGAGAAUGUGGAUUUUCCUGGCUCCGACAUAGCAAAUCUGUAUUCCCCAUCUGCACAGCAUUGUCAAGAGCUCUGCACCCAGCACCCAUCCUGCCUCUUCUUCAGCUUCAAUCGGCCAGACAAAUCUCUGGGGACGUUUCAAUGCUUCCUUAAAUCAAGCUCUUCUGGACACCCACGAUCUCAAGUUUUGCUGCUGGGCGUUACUUCUGGCUAUUCUCUUAAACCCUGCAAUCUGGACUCAAAACCUUGCUUCCCACAGAUCUUUGAGAAUUUGGACUUCCAUGGUGGAGAUUACAGAACAUUUUUCACUGUUAAUUUUGAAGAAUGUCAGAGAGUCUGCACAGAAGAUCCAGUGUGUCAGUACUUUACUUUUGUAACCGGGAACUUUACAACCUUGGACAUCAGGUAUAAGUGCCACCUUAAAUUCAGCUGGAAUGUGCCAAGGCCCUCUGUUAUAGUAUUGAAGGCUGGAGUCCUAUCUGGAUUCUCCAAAAAAUCGCAACUGUCUCAACAGUUUGACACAGUAUGUCAGAGCCAACUUUUUUCAGACACCGACUUCAGAGGAAGUGAUUUUAUGGAAUUGAAGGCUGUUUCUCCAGAACAUUGUCAGUUUCUCUGUUCUGUCCAUCCACAGUGUACAUACUUCUCUUUCAGCGGUCUUGACUUCAGAUGUUUUUUGAAAAACAAUCCAAACAGCAUGGUGGCAAAAACAAAAACUGGUGUCACAUCAGGAAUCCCAACACACCUCUGUCAGAUUGAUGAGAGUUGGGCGAAGCUGACUUACAAAGGAGUAGAUUUUAGCGGAUCUGACAUUAGUUCGGAGGUGGUGAACUGUGCUGAACACUGUCAGGAGAAAUGCACUGAGAACCCUAACUGCCAAUUCUUCACCUACCACAAUGGAAGCUUCUUUCAUCCCAGCCAUCGGCACCGUUGCUACAUGAAGAGAGUGAUCACCAUGCCAGCUCCUUCCAAAGUUAAAAAACUGGCCAAUGUUGUGUCUGGUUUCACCUUAAGAAACUGUAGAAGAGCAGAAAAAUCCCAAGAUUAA